CAUCCCUUCCGCUUCAGCACGAGCAAAAUUAUAACCCUGCACACUGACUUGCAUGCCAUUAUCACAGCCUGGGUGCUCCUGCGUUGAGGGACUUCGCCCCCGGGACCGCUGACUGUCUGUGAACGACAAAUCCAAAGUCAAGGGUUGCAGAGGCAGCCGGACUUUCCUGCUCUCUGGCAGCAGAGGGAGGACACAGAGAAUGAAAGAUUCCGAAAAUAAAGUGUAAAGAUCUCUCAUCUCUGUGAUGGUGUCAACUUGGCUGGAGUGAGGAUUACCCGGAGAACUGAUGAGGAAAUUUGAGUGCAGAGAGGAACCCUGUUCAACUUACCACCUUUGGUGCCUCAUCUCCAGACAUGGAGCCCAGCUAUGGGGGAGGCCUUUUUGACAUGGUGAAAGGUGGUGCCGGGAGGCUGUUCAGUAACCUGAAGGACAACUUGAAAGACACCCUCAAAGACACAUCCUCCCGAGUCAUCCAGUCUGUUAGCAGCUACACAAAGGGAGACCUAGACUUCACUUACGUCACAUCCAGAAUUAUCGUGAUGUCCUUUCCUCUGGACAAUGUUGACAUAGGAUUCAGGAAUCAGGUUGACGACAUUCGUAGCUUUUUGGACUCCAGACACCUUGACCACUACACAGUAUACAACCUGUCACCGAAGUCUUACCGAACUGCCAAGUUCCACAGCCGGGUCUCAGAGUGCAGUUGGCCUAUCAGGCAGGCCCCAAGUCUACACAACCUGUUUGCUGUGUGUCGGAAUAUGUAUAACUGGCUGCUACAGAACCCCAAAAAUGUCUGUGUUGUCCACUGCUUGGAUGGACGGGCCGCAUCAUCGAUUCUGGUUGGUGCUAUGUUCAUUUUCUGUAAUCUCUACUCUACUCCUGGACCCGCCAUUCGAUUGCUCUACGCAAAGCGACCGGGCAUUGGACUAUCUCCGUCCCACAGGAGAUACUUAGGCUACAUGUGCGACCUACUUGCAGACAAGCCCUACCGCCCUCAUUUCAAGCCACUCACGAUCAAGGCGAUCACCGUUAGCCCAAUUCCCUUCUUCAAUAAACAGAGAAAUGGGUGCCGCCCUUAUUGUGAUGUGCUGAUUGGAGAAACUAAAAUAUACUCAACAUGCACAGAUUUUGAACGAAUGAAAGAAUACCGUGUCCAAGAUGGGAAGAUCUUCAUUCCCCUGAACAUCACAGUCCAAGGCGACGUCAUUGUUUCCAUGUGCCACCUGCGGUCAACCAUCGGGAGCCGGCUUCAGGCUAAGGUGACCAACACACAGAUAUUCCAACUCCAGUUUCAUUCUGGAUUUAUACCACUGGACACAACCGUCCUAAAGUUCACCAAGCCUGAGCUGGAUGCAUGUGAUGUACCGGAAAAAUAUCCUCAGCUGUUCCAAGUGACACUGGAUAUAGAAGUCCAGCCCCAAGACAAAGUGAUUGACUUAACUCCACCAUGGGAGCACUACUGCCCCAAAGAUGUGAACCCCAGCAUUCUCUUCUCCUCUCAGCAGGAGCACCAGGAGACGCUGGCCUUAGGAGGUCAGGCACCAGCAGAUCUCCCUCCAGACCAUCCCAGGAAUCUUGGGCAAGGUGGCUUCUUUGCCUCUCUCUGUUGGCAAGAUCAGAAAUCAGAGAAGUCGUUCUGCGAGGAGGACCACGCUGCCCUGGUGAAUCAGGAAAGUGAGCAGUCGGAUGACGAGCUACUGACCCUCGCUAGCCCGCAUGGCAACGCCAACGGCGACAAGCCUCACGGAGCCAAGAAGCCCAGCAAAAAGCCGCAGGAGCCAGCUGCUCCCCCUCCCCCGGAAGAGGUGGACCUUCUGGGUCUGGAAGGGUCUGAUGUGAACACGAACUUCUCUCCCCUGGCAGCUCCUCCCAGCAAUUCUGAACUGCUGAGUGACCUGUUUGGGGGUGGAGGUGCCACAGGUCCUGCUCAGGCAGGACAGGCCGCGGUGGAAGACGUGUUUCACCCCAGCGGACCUGCGUCUGCGCAGUCCACACCACGCCGAGCUGCCGCCUCCGCCACCGCAUCGCCAACCCUGAGAGUGGGCGAAGGUAGCACCUUUGACCCCUUUGGAGCCCCUGCUAAGCCACCAGGUCAGGAUCUGCUGGGCUCCUUUCUGAACACCAAUGCUUCUAGCGACCCCUUUCUGCAGCCCACAAGAAGCCCUUCCCCCACAGUGCACGCUUCUAGCACACCUGCUGUGAACAUCCAGCCAGAUGUUGCCGGAGGUUGGGACUGGCCUACCAAACCAGGGGGUUUUGGAAUGGGGAGCAAAUCAGCCGCCACCAGCCCGACAGGCUCGUCACAUGGCACCCCCACACAUCAGAGCAAGCCCCAGACUCUGGAUCCCUUUGCUGAUCUGGGAACACUAGGUAGCUCUUCAUUUGCCAGCAAACCCACCACACCAACGGGACUGGGUGGAGGAUUUCCUCCUCUCAGCUCACCACAGAAGGCAUCCCCCCAGCCAAUGGGUGGAGGCUGGCAGCAGCCUGCCGGAUACAACUGGCAGCAGGCACAGUCCAAGCCACAAUCCAGCGUGCCUCACUCCUCUCCCCAGAACCGGCCCAAUUACAACGUGAGCUUUUCAGCCACGCCUACAGGGCAGAGCGAACGUGGGAAAGGAUCUACUAAUCUGGACGGGAAACAGAAGGCUGCUGACUUUGAAGACCUGCUUUCUAGUCAAGGGUUCAAUGCCCACAAAGACAAAAAGGGGCCUCGAACAAUAGCUGAGAUGAGAAAGGAGGAGAUGGCUAAGGAAAUGGAUCCUGAGAAACUAAAGAUCCUAGAAUGGAUAGAAGGCAAGGAGAGAAACAUCAGAGCCCUGCUCUCCACGAUGCACACCGUACUGUGGGCCGGGGAGACGAAGUGGAAACCUGUGGGCAUGGCAGACCUGGUGACGCCAGAGCAAGUGAAGAAAGUAUACAGGAGGGCUGUGCUCGUGGUACACCCAGACAAGGCUACUGGGCAGCCCUAUGAGCAAUAUGCGAAGAUGAUUUUCAUGGAGCUAAAUGAUGCCUGGUCUGAAUUUGAAAACCAAGGCCAAAAGCCCUUGUAUUAAUUUGUGAGCUUUUCUACGCUGGCUGCAGCCCUGUGUUAUUGCUUAGUGUGUACCACAGUUCUGAGAUUUUCACAGAUGAACCAAAAAUUCCAGUAAUGUAUUUCCAGUACUAAACCGUUAAGUUCCUCAUGAAUUCAUUUCUCAUGGUAAGGAAUGUGAAUGUUUGGUUUCUUGAAGUCCAUAAUACUGAGGGGAACACUAAGCUGAUCUUGCAGAGCUCUGACAUUCCAGCCUGCCCUUGGGAAGCCUACCCAGCAUUUUGCCUGGGGAAAUGAGACAGAGGCCACCCAAGGCUACGGCAUGCCAUCUCAUUGUCUGAGAUCAAGAUUUAUGAAUGGAUGUUAUGGUAACUAGAUUUCGUAAUGGUUUUAAGGAAUUGAUUUAGGAAUUUGUGUGUGUGUGCUCGUUUGUUUUUAAAGAUGUAAUUUGAGCAAUGGCUUUGCACAAAGUCCAGGAAUAUCACCAACCAAGUAUUUUUAAAUGGAAAUUUACUGGAGCCGUUAGCUUUUUUCGUGUGUGUCUUUUGGUCAAGAUCAUUAACAAUUCUAUAAGUUGCUGGAUGGUGGGAGGUGAUUACACAGAAAUUUAGGCAUUAGCGCUAACUUCCUGGACGAGCUACAGGCCCAAGCUCAUGAUAACUAAAGAAACCCAGGGGCCUUGAGAUGUCAAAUCUUGAUUCCAGGUCAAGACAUUGGGCUGCUGGCUCUUUUCCCCUUUAAAAACCUGUGGUUGAUUAAAGAAAAUCUCUGAACACUCCCACAACUCCAAACCUAUUUGAGGGCCCAUUCUAAUUGCUGCCAUGAGGCUUAGUGCUCUUUCUUUUGCUUAGCCAAGAAAACAUUCCUCAUGGGCCACAGUUUGUGAAGCAGUUUGGCCCGUUCACAGUUCGUACAGACCUGGUGUUCUGGUGAUUGCAAGCUAUGGGAAAAACAGAGGAGAUAACACGGAGUGGUUAGGAGAAGGGUUUGCUUGGGGAGAGAGCUGUGUGUGCCUUCAGAUCCAGUCAGAUAGCUGCAAGCCUGAGGAACCAGAGUCCCACCCACCCAGUGAGCCUGGACCCUCUGGGAUUAUUUCCGAUGAGUAGGCUGCGUGUGGAAACUAUGCAAGAACGAAACUUUCCCAGAAACUCCAGUGGGUUGGAAUUUAGUCCAGUGCUCAGUGCUCCUCAGUUGGCAGGGUAAGCAGCUUGGACUGCUGGGACUUCACUAGGUCUCCCGGUGACCACACAUGCGGCAUCUAUCUAUCUAUCCAUGUAUGCGUAUGUAUAUGUAUAAUGUGCACAUAUACAUUCACAAGGCAGGUGGUCAAAGAGAUUACCAUUCUAAUCUUAAAAGGGUUCACGCUCAAUAUUGUGAAAAACUUUCAGCAAUUGUUUUUCAGGGACAAUCAUUUCGUUUGUUUCUGUUCUAAUAUUCUUGUGGCAAACUGAACCGGAAAAGCAGCAUGUCAGAACUACUUUUGGUUCUAUAUAGAUCUUUCUUCUCUUUCGCUCUCUCUCUCUUUCUUUUUAAAUUAUAAAAGUUCAUUAUUUAUUUUACCUUUUAAUGAUAAUGUGAAAUUCUCAAAAAAAAAGUUCUCUUUUGAAUAUACAGCUUUAAACUGUUCAAAGUAGCCAUAACAACCUAGGUGUUAUUUAUUAAUGUAUUUGCAAUGAUGUCUGACCCGGUAUGUGCUUGUCCUAUUUAAGAUUGGAAUGUGAGACAUGUUGCUGUGACCUGUUUUAUUUAUUUAUUUUGCCUCAUUCACAUUUGCAGAUAUUGUGUGAACUACAGUAUAUAAUGACAAUAAUUAAGAGGAUAUUAUGUGGCUGUCAUGUACAUUUUGAAAUAAUAGAACUAUAUUAGCUUUAUAUCAUGUUUGCAUAGCUCAUUAAUGUUCACGGUUUAAAUACCAUUAAAUGUAAUGCGAUUAGCAAUGAGAAGGAACCCCUUCUGAAAUCUGGGGGUUUCCCACCUUUGUUUCCCAGAUGCAUUAUGAUUCUGGACACCUGUCUAUCUCAAAACUCUUACUAUAUGCAGACCACUGGGUUCUGCAUUCCUUUAAAAUACCUGGUUGUGACAGCUUGUUGUUGGUCAGAUCUGCCAUCUCAUUCAUAUUUAUUGUAAUAUAUUUUUGUCUUGUAAAUACAUUAAACACAACAAAAUGUCAUUGUUCUAAAAUAUUUGUAAUGUAUAUUAAAAAGGAUAAAAAUACUUGCAGAAAUAUAUGUUACUUUUGUACUUGUUGGAAUACAAGGGACUAGAGCGAUGACUCAGUGGCAAAAGUGCGUGCUGCUCUUGCAAAGGAGCUGACUUCGGUUCUCAGCACCCACACUGGCUCACUGCCAGUAACUUCAGCUGUAGAGGGAGGGAUGGCCUCUUUUGGUCUCCACAGGCACUUGCACUGAUGUCCACACACCACCUUCCCCAUAUACAUGAUUGAAAUAAAAUAGAUCUUAAAACAAACAACAACAACAACAACAAAACAAUCCAAACAAAAUGAAAAGGUCUACAUGAAAAACUUGAAAGACACCUUCUAACCUGAUUUGCUUAUAAAGACUGUUAAGGGGAAAGAAUGUGAAAAGUACAGAAUACAUUUGCCUCAAAUGUAGAAUCUUGUCAGAUUCUAUAUUUAUAAUUUUAUUUCCCAGUAUCACUCAUGUCCUGAGACCGACACACACACACACACACACACACACACACACACACACACACAGAGUCAUGUCUGAUGAAUACUGUGUUGCAAGAGAAAUUAGCAUAGACCUCCUGUUCUCCUCACUAGAAUGUUGAUGCAUUUUCAACCUCAUACUUCUGUGCUGAGUCGGAGAGAUUGAUCUAUAGUUUGGGACUUUACCAUAGAACAGAAAUGUUGGAUAUUUUCAUUCCGGAGGAUGGAGAGAGCAUGUGCUCAUUUGUAGACACACUAUAUCAGAGCACUGUGCUUGUGUAUCUAGAGCAGUGCUUCUCCACCUUCCUAAUGUCCUGACCCUUUGAUACAGUUCCUCAUGUUGCCGUGACCCCCAACCACAUAAUUAUUUCAUUGCUACUCUGUAACUAUAAUUUUGCUGCUGUUAUGAAUCGUAGUGUAAAUAUCUGAUAUUCGGUAUAUCUGAUACACAACCCCUGUGGGAGUUGCCACCCAUCGGCUGAGGACCAUUGGUCUGGGAGGCUCAUGUCAGUACCAGUGCCGCUGGUGAGAACACACCUAGUAAGAAGUCAGCACAAAAGCUGAAUUCCAGAAGAAGCUACCCUAGUUGCCAUGCUGGAAACACCAGAUCAGAAUAUGUAGGUCAAAUAAAGAGCUUCUUUCUUUCUUUCUUUCUUUCUUUCUUUCUUUCUUUCUUUCUUUCUUUCUUUCUUUCUUUCUUUCAUUCUUUCUUUCUUUCCCUCUUUCUCUCUUUCUCUUCCUUCCUCCCUCCCUUCCUUCCUUCCUUCCUUCCUUCCUUCCUUCCUUCCUUCCUUCCUUCCUUCCUUCCUUUCUUCCUUCUUUUAUUUCCUAAAAAGAGACCAUGCAGUUUUUGGAAUGUGUUGAAUACUGAUUUUUUCCCCCCACUUAAAAUAUGUUAUAUUGAUGCAUACCUUAAACCCUGAGUCCUGAUUUCAUCAUUUGUGAAACAGAUUCCUCAUAACUCUUGAGUGGAAGAAUUAGGCACCACGUGUGUAAAUCGUUAUCACACGGAUGCUGGCCAAUAACUCUUGCUGCUGUUAAUGAUAACAGUUUGUAGCAUUGAAGGAACUAGAGGGACUACAGAGCUGAAAGUACAGGGAGACCUCGAGUUUAAAAAUAAAUACAGGAAUAGGAAAAUCUGCUGGAAACACUUUGUACUUCUUCCUGUCUCCUUGGGGUGGGGUGAGAUCUGGGUGUGGAAAAUGGCAGAUGCUUGUAGGUUCUGUAAAUGGGAUAGCUGUGGGCAAGGAGGGGAGAUGUGCUUAUUGAUUUCUGUUAGUGUCAUAGCCAGCUUCCGUUUACAAUGGGCUGACCUUAGAGCCUGCUCUGGGCCAGAUGUGAUGCCUUGCUGUGGUCUUCCACGUAAGAGCUGGGGUUUGAGAAGGGCAUUUUCUACGGACUAGGGAGAGGUGACGCUGUCUAUAGUGAACUUGCUCAUAUUUGCUAUGUCACGGCUCAGAAAAUGACUACAAACUGAAGUUCCCAGAAGCAAAAUUUCUCCCUUCUUCCCGUCUCAUAUCCCUCAUUCUUUUCCAGGCAGAGCACAGAGAUUAGAAUUCAUCUUUGCCAAGGCAGGUCAUAGAAACCAUGCCCUUUUCCCAAAGCCAGACAUAAAACCUAAAAGCACCCUUAAUCUCCUCCCUUUCACCAUAAGAGUUGACCAUCUGAAGUUCUUUCACCUUCUUUGAUUGUAGGUCAUUGGGUUACUCACUAUUCCAGGAAGCACGUUUUGUCAUAUCUGGAAGGAAGGAAGCAACCAAGAAGAAUGUGAAUAGACAGAUCUUUUUAGGCUUCCUUCUUCGUCCAUUACUGCUAGAUGAGACUCUUUUUUGGCCUAUCAUAUUUCUAUAUGGCUGUCAAAUGCUUCACCAAACCUACAUGGAAGAAUGCACAGCACACUCAGACAUCAAAGUGAGUCAGCUUCAACCUGCAGGCUGCCGCGUCAGUUAAAACUAUGAUCAAAUAAACUUGUUAAUGA